AUAGAGGCCACAAAUGGGCUCAGUGAGGUUUUGAGAGUCAUGGUGUGACCUUAAGUUAUGUCAUGUGUUUGGGGCAGAUGCCGUGUGUGUGUGUACAAUGCCUGUUCAUGCACGUCAGACAUUUCAAUGUUUCUCAACAGUUACUGUAGCAACUUUAAGGAUUUUUUUUUUAAAACAUGCUUUUUAUUCUUUAUUAUUUUAAUGAAACCACUCCCAGAGCACUGAACUCUUUAAGGUGUCCAUUUGAAACUGAUCAUGUAACUGGAGCUGACCGGGACACUGUUUCGUGAAGCCUUCAGAGGUAAACUCCUCCCAGUGGGGAAAUAUGUGACUUGACACUUAAAAGUCUUGUUACCUUUCUGUUUAGACAGAAUAUGAUUGGGUGUAUUCUCAAAUUGGUCCAGUCCCCCUUCUUGAGAUUAGAGGACUUACAUCUCUAGCUCAAAAAUGGUGUGUAAAGUCUAUUUAAUGCUACUUAAAAACCUGUGUUCACUCAGUUUGCAGGUGUUCUUUGGAAAGAUGAAUCUAUUGACACUUUCAUCAGAUUCUUUAAGUUGGAAGUUACUAUACUGUUUUGGUCUCCAAAAAGUAUUCCUCUUGGCAUUCAUGACUCACAGUAUCUCUCCUUUUUGUGUUUUGUUUAAAGGCUUUUUUUUUCUACCUUUGUUUUGGCCAAACUGAAACUGAAUGUGCGGAUUGUAUUUGAAGUGAAAGAAAAUGACGAAAUAAGGUGUUGCGUGUUCUUCCAACUCAUUAGCUUCAUGUUGACACCCAGUUUGCUUCCUGAUUCCUUGUGAAUUGGGGAAUGAAUAAUUUCCAAAAGCUCUAAUGGUCUAUUUGUGUUCAUUUGCUCCUGGUAACACCUUCAACAAACACGCUCACAGUGAGCUAACCAGUUCACUCAGUGCUCAUUGCAUCAUAUAUGUGUGUUUUUGUAUUUUCUGUCAAUACAAAUGUUUUACCUUUGCCAGUUGUGGUAAAAGGAGUGGUGAGGGUCACAUAGAUGGCUGGAGUCUCCUUGCCCUACUGAACUGAGGGACUAAGUGAGGAAAGGGGGCAGGCCUAUGUUAUUCUGAAGGAUGUGGGAAAAGAUAAUCACCAUCCAACAACAUAUCUGGUGCGUUGAUUCUUACUUUGGAAUAAGCAUGGAAUUGUAUGUGCAAUGAAACUAAAUACCAGAAAAAGAUAACACAUAGGCCUAACAUAAUAUUGUAAGGAAAUGUAAUCUUUUAGUAGCCUAGCCGUGAGGAGAAUUAGUUAUGUUGGCCUAGACCUAUGAUUUAUCAAUAGAAUGCAUGUAGUCAAGGUCUUAUUUGAUAAAGGAACGGUGGACUAACAUUGAUACUACUGUGAAAAGUAAUUUCUUUGCUAUCCGCUAAAUAUAGGCUAUAAAACAUCGCAGCUCAAAAUUCCUAACCUCAAAUAACUUGUUUCACGCCACGCGACUCGCAUGCAGUCAGAGCAAACUCGGCGUGUGCUGAGUAGUUCCCUUGGUUACCACAGUAACGGGGAAACAGUUGUUUGUGUACGCUGAGCAAGGCUGAUGAUACAAUGUAGCCUUGCCAUCGGAAUAGAGUCUAGGCAGCAAGAUUUUCGAUUAUCGACAGCACAAAUCAGGCUUUAGCCAACGUUGCACGUUUUGUUGUCUAGAUAGCUCAUAUUUUUUCGCAAAUGCGUCGACCCAAAUAUUUUACACCGACUGAGGUGUCCUUACAUAACACAUUGGAUGAUUUAUGGGUGUCUUACCUUGGCAAAGUGUAUGAUUUGACACCGUUGGUGCAUGAGUUCAAAGGUGAUGUUCUGCUGAAACCCAUAAUUGAAUGUGCGGGAAAGGACAUCAGCCACUGGUUUGAUCCUAAAAAGAAAGACAUACUCACUCGAAUUGACCCGCUCACAGGCUGCCUUAAAUACUACACCCCUAGGGGGCGCUUUGUUCAUGUCCCCCCUCCCUGCCCACGGACAGACUGGGCCAAUGAUUUUGGGAGGCCAUGGUGGCGGGACAGCCGCUUCGAGGCGGGCCUACUGUCUGCCAAGACUCGCUGGAUACGCAUAAUCAACACCCUCACCUCCGAGGAACAGAAAUUGGAGGUGUGCUCAGAAGAGACCUUGGAUGAGAUCCUGCAGCGUUACUUACGGUAUAACUCCCACGCUGCCAGCUACACCUGGAAACACAACCAUGUAAACCUGGACAUGACUAAGACCCUCUGUGAGAACGGUUUCUUUGAUGAGGACGAGGAGUUCUACAAGUGUCGCAUGGACCGGGAGCUUUAUACAGAAUCUAUAUGUCUGCACUUCAAUGAUGACCUCACUGAAUUUUGACACACCAUCAAAACUGUUCUGGCAAUAUUUCACGCACACAAAGUGAAACUAACUUACCACCAUUAAAGAAAUGUCCCCAUAUUAGUCUUUUUCUUUCUUUUUUUUUAAUUCUUACAUGCAUCCAUUUUGUUUAAUUCUUACAUGCAUUUUUGUUGUUUCCUGCCCUCAUAUGCUAAUUACCUGUGUCUUACUGCAGGAUGAUGACACAGUACGAGUAAAUAAAAAAAUAAAUGGAAAUAAUGGUGUCCAAUAAAACCUCGGAAUAAUAGUCAA